CAAACUAUUUUUAACUGAUUUCAAUUGCAACAAAUCUGAAAAGGGUGCAGUUGAUUUUGUAACUUGAAAAGUUUAAAGCGAAUUACAUAACAACCAUUAAGUACAAUGGCACUACCCGAAGGACUGGCAAAAAAUAUGAAAACGUUUCAGGCUGCGAAUGAUCUGCCCGUUUUUCUCAAAGGUGGUCCAGUGGACAAGGCUCUAUUUGGCAUAACUGUUGGCCUUUGCGGAAUUGGCCUAGUCAGCAUUGUGCACAUGAUCUACACAAUGGGUUUCGCUAAAAAGAAGGCAUAAGCAAAUUGUUUGUAAUCUAGAUUUAGUUCCAUGUGCUAUAAUGUACACACUAUAAAGCACAAAUAAAUAAAGGCUUACGUUUUAUUUA